UAGCAUUAACCCGGCGGAGGGAGGGGGUUGCAGCGAAUCAGCGCAGCAGGCACUGCAAAGCGCAGGCUGUCACCUCCCCUCCUCCGUCGAGCUGUCAGUUGACAGCAGCACACAUGAGCCUCUACGCUGCAGACGGAGUUGACUGGCCGCUCGUUUUGACGUCUAGAUAGUUGCUCCUCGGCGUUUCAGUUCAAGCGGGGCAGGACUAUGACACGGUACCCCUGUCGUCUCGACGGACUGACAACGGAAGCGUACGAGGGCUGAGCCGCUUUGCUAGUUAAGAGCUGCUAAUGUUAAUAGUUAGCUUGCAGGCUAAUGGUAGCUAGCAGCUGAACGGAGUCCGGUUCUGCUUUGUGCCGUCAGUUGGCUGACGUUACGUAGCUGGCUCGCUAGCGAAGGUCGGAGGGAGUAAGGUUAGCUGAUGGCCAGGAGCGUUCAGUUAGCCAUUCAUCAUCACUAAUGUGUCAUUUUAGUAAUUGGUUGUAAGGCUGCACGAAAUUUGUGUGUCGGUUGUCACUGGGCUUCACACGCUUUUUGUUUUAUACGUUUAUUAAUUUUACAAAAUUUAUCGUUGGCGCUUGCUAGCUAGCAAGCUAAUCGGCUAUGCUAACGCCAGCUCAGUGAGAGCCCACAUCGCAGGGGUGCGGAGAGCUCCAGACCAGUCAAGGAAGGAAGAGCGGUGACUUAUGAUGCGGGCUGAGGGCAGCAGCGGACUGUUAGGCGAAGGAAAGCAGCAGUAUUAGCUUUAACAUAUCUUAUUUUCUCACAUUAGUUCUUGUCGAGUUAGGGCCAUAGCGUCAGGCAAGCUGUGUGGGACGUCGGAUGAAGAAAAGAAUUGGGGCACUUUGAUUUGCAAGCUGGCUAAAUGAAUAGUAUUGGUAAUACUGAGUCGUGAGCUGGUGGCCGCUGUGCCAACCUCAAGGGGAAGACACUCUUUCAAGAUAAUCACACAGACUGCAAUAACCAGCCAGUUUGCUUUAAAAUGGCUUCGGCGGCCAGCAUCGCUGCAUCUAUUGCGAGCAAAACGAAGACCAAGAAAAAGCACUUCGUUGCCCAGAAAGUGAAGCUCUUCCGCGCAAGCGACCCUCUGCUCAGCGUGGUUAUGUGGGGAGUCAACCAUUCGAUAAAUGAGUUAAGCCAUGUUCAGAUUCCCAUCAUGCUCAUGCCAGAUGACUUCAAGGCCUAUUCGAAGAUCAAAGUGGACAACCACCUCUUCAACAAGGAGAACAUGCCCAGCCAUUUCAAGUUCAAGGAGUACUGCCCUCUGGUGUUUCGAAACCUCAGAGAGAGGUUUGGCAUUGAUGAUCAGGACUUCUUGAACUCUCUGACACGCAGUGCUCCCCUGAACAGUGAGGCCCAGGGACGGAGCGGAGCCCGCUUCCAUACCUCUUAUGACAAGCGCUACGUUAUCAAGACCAUCAGCAGUGAGGAUGUUGCUGAGAUGCAUAACAUUCUAAAGAAAUACCACCAGUUCAUCGUGGAGUGCCAUGGCAACACGCUGCUGCCUCAAUUUCUGGGGAUGUACAGGCUCACUGUGGAUGGAGAUGAGACCUACAUGAUUGUUACACGCAAUGUCUUCUCUCACCGGCUUUCCGUCUACAAAAAAUAUGAUCUCAAGGGUUCCACUGUUGCAAGAGAGGCCAGCGACAAGGAGAAGCAGCCGCCCCAACCAGAGGAUGUGCCCCCGCGGCCCAAAUCUGGUAACGUUCAGCAAAGGCUGCAAACACUGCGGAUUGCCACGCGCUUUUACUGCGCCAUGAAACACGUAAGAGAUGCCAAGGAGCUGCCCACCUACAAGGACAAUGACUUCAUCAAUGAUGGGCAGAAGAUCCACAUUGACGGGGAGAACAAGAAAAUGUUCCUGGAGAAGCUCAGGAAAGAUGUGGAGUUCCUGGCCCAGCUGAAGCUCAUGGACUACAGUCUGCUGGUGGGGAUCCACGAUGUUGAGCGAGCAGAGCAGGAGGAGGUGGAGAGCGAGGACAAUGAGGCUGAGGAGGAGGGCGAGAGCGAUGGAGGGGGCAUCGGAACACCCCCUGACAGUCCCAGCAAUACCCUGGACAGCAACAAGCCUCUGUCACCUGGGGAGUUUGAUCCCACCAUUGACGUCUACGCCAUCAAAAGCAAUGAAACUGCUCCCAGGAAGGAGGUGUACUUCAUGGCUGUCAUAGAUAUCCUUCAGCAUUAUGACGCCAAGAAGAAAGCUGCCCACGCCGCCAAGACUGUCAAGCAUGGGGCCGGAGCAGAGAUCUCCACGGUGAACCCAGAGCAGUACUCCAAGAGGUUUUACGAUUUCAUCACCACUAUCCUGUCAUAGCCUCCAGGAGCGACGGGAGGCACAGAGGCACAUGGGGGAAAGGGAGGGCAAAAGGGGAGUAGGGCUGAGGAAGACAAGUGACGGAGAGAAGGAAAAAAACAUCGAGAGGUUGAAUUAAUAAGGUGCUGUGAUGGCUUUUUAUCACUCUCCCUCAUCCAUUCUCCUCACCCCUCCCUGUUUGUCCCCCUCUCUGUCAGUGGGUUGCCACGCUCUGCAGCUAAAAACAAAACCAUCAUUCGUUUACAUUUAACCUCUCCUCUGUUGAGUUUUGUUCAUGUGUUACUUUGGAUGAUAAGGGUGUUGAAAGCAAGUGUCCAAGUCAUUACGUUUUGUUUUUUUUUUAUAUUAUUUGUUUUGUCCGUAUGGCUGUUUAUGUGGGAAUAUGGCUUUUUUAUUGCCCUCUAAUACAACACCCAGAGCCCUGCAUUUUUUUUAUUUUAUUUUGAUGUUUGUAUUUGGGUUUCCCUUACAAAGUUGCAGGGGAGGUGGGGUGGAGGGUAUGGUGUGAAUAGCGAAAGGUCAAGGGGAGUGUAGAGGUCAGAUUGCGGCACCAAGUGAGGUCCCUCUUGCAUAAAGAAGGUUUAACAGGAAACUUUAUGUUGAGCCUUGACUAAUGCAAUUGCUUCAUUUCAGGAAGUAGGAAGCAGUCUUCCAAUAGGGCAAGAGCCAGACUCCCUACCCGAAUGCUCGACAAGUACUCAGCCAAACAAAAUCUUCCUAUUUGGGUCCCUCCUCCAUCACUCACGCUUUAUAUGCCUCCCCCUCCCGCUUCCCCUUCGUGUACAGUUUCAGGUUAUCCUCUUUCCACAUACCCAAACACUUCUCAUCAGCUGAGAUGAGUUCACUUGUUGCAGUAAAUUAUAACGCUUGUUUCCAGCGCUAGUUGCACCUCAGUGGUUGUCGGUGCUUUGUCCCUUUUUGCUUUGUCGUGGUUAAGAAUGAUUAAGGGAAGGACCUUUUUAAAUGAGAAGAGGCAUGAUUCGAGCAUACUCUGAAUACAUUGGGCAUUGUUGUAAUGUAGGCCUGGUUUCUGUUCCCGUGGCAGGGAAAGACCCAGAAGUCCUUUGUGGCUAUAGUGAUUAUGUCCUUGUUAUAUCUUUGUUAAAAAAAAAAAAAAGGGUGUCACAUUAAAACAUCAGCAGCCCUUAACUUUCUGUUGCCAUCAGCACCUUAUGAGUAAAAAUCAAACAUGUUGCACUUUUAUUUGUUAUUAGAGGUUAGAAGCUCUUCUCUUCUGUUACAUGCGCUGCAACAAAGAGGAAAUGGAACUCUGAAUCUUUAGAGGCCUGAUCUCAGAUCUUCCGCCAUUUUUCACCCACGGGUGCCACUUCCUGCAGGGGUUGGUUUGGAAGAAUUUACUGCAAUAUUCAAUGAGGAAAGUGGAUGAGUUCUGUUUACAGGGCUUUUGUAAACUAACCUUACCAAUCCCUCUUUGAAGUGCUCCAUGCUGGCAAUGUGGUGGCGGGUUUUGGGGGCCAGGCAACAGUGUGCUUGCUUGUGCGUUCAGGGCAGACAGAAGACUGUUUACCUCCAGCAUCGUACCAGCACACACCCAGUGAUGGCGAUGUGUGUGUCAGUGUUUAAACGUUGUCAAGGGAGAGGGUUGGGAAAAGAAAGGGGUGGAGGGAGGCGGGGAAGAUAACUUCAUCAUUCUCUUCUCUGACCUAGCCUGAGUUUGUUAUUCAUCAUUGUGUGUGUUGUUAUUGUUGACAUUUUUUUUAAAAGGUGGUUUAUCUGUGUUUGAAUUUGGCGGUUUUAUGAAUUUAUGUGGUAAUAAUUUCUGUUUCUGUUUGACUGUUUUUUUUUUCAAUUUUGUAUAUUUUGCACAAGAGGAAAGGAACCAAAUGUUACGAACACAACCCCAAUUAGUUGAUACGGUCUUAACAAGGGAAAUGCAAUAUACUCGUAUGUAAGUGAGAAAAAGCUGUUGUGCGUGUGACGUUGUGUAUCACUUGUGGAUAACCUACUUUAACAAGUAAAGUCGUCCUCCUUGACUAUUCUAACCCAUGCAAAAAGCUUCCAUCACAAUAUGUUUGUUUAGAUAUCAUAGAUUAUAUUCACAUUUAUAUUUUUACAUUGGAUUUUAGUCAUGAAAUGUAGUUGUAUUUAAAAAAACAAAAAACAAAAAAGGAGCCACCCUUAGGAAUGAAUGAUGGUGCUGUGGUAAAUGAAGAAUGAUACUGCUUGAAUUUAUACAAUGCUUACUAUAGAUGUAACUAAAGAAAAAAAAGGUCAUAAAAAAUUGCAUGUCACCGGACUAAGUUUCCUUUUCCCUCUCUAGUCUGUGUUGUUGGCUGUUCAGGUUCUCGUCGUGUCCCUACACUUUAACCAGAUUCAUGAGCUGUUCAGCAUAAAAAAGUUUCCCCUGCCAUGCUUUAAAUAACUGUUUUUCAUUGUAUACACUGUGCAAGAUGUGUGCCUUUAUACUCCAAAAUUAUUUAAUUUUAUAUUUUGUAAUCUUUUUUUAAAACAAAGGUAAAAAGGUUAUUUUAAUAAUAGGGUGUUUUCUUUAACAUGCAUCGUUUCCCACUUUAUUUUCGACCCCUCCUGACUCCGACCUCCCUCCACCCCUUGACACCUUUGUAUUUAGCUUCAGUCAGUUAAACAAAACCAUGCUAAUGAUUGUGUUUUAACCGACAAACAAAAAAAAAAAGAAGAAGAAAGAAAGUGAACAGCUGUCUUAAAUUUUGGUGGAUUCAGUUCUGUAAAUUCAGAUCCAUCAUUCUGAUCAUUCGGUGUGUACAGGCGUCCCAUUCCUCCACCUUCUCUGAUAUUAACCCCCCUGUUCAUUUCACGCUGGUCCUGCCUUUAUAAAGAACGUGCGUGUGUGUGUGGAAGUGCAUCGUGGAACGUGCGUGUGUCGUGAUUGUGUUUUGUUGUGCUAGUUCUCCCCAUUCCGACAGCAUCUUCAUCACCACUUAACUGCAGAUAUUGGUCGCAUUUCAGGAAUGUGAUUUUUUUUGGGGGGGGGGUCCAAAAUUUCACUUUAAUGCUUCUUCAUUCGUGAAACAGGUUUCUGUUUUCUUGCUUCCAUCUCUUUUUGUGUAACCCAGAUCACGUGCGUGUUUAUCAGGGAGGUUAUAGUUCAUCCUGAGUCAUUGAAUAGUUGAUAUUUCUGUGUUCUUUCACUAUUAAUGGGCUGUUUUGUUUCUAUUGUCACGUAGCUCAUAUUGUACAUAUUGUGUCAUACAGAAAACAGGGACUGAGGGGAUCCUCUUCUAGUAUGCUUUGCUCUGGUCGGCCCUGGAGGCUUCCCCUCUUAGUUACACAAAUAGAAAACAGAGCAGUGCAUGCUGGGAGAGUGAUUUUUCUUCAGCUUUGUUUUGGGAAGAUGAACUCUGAAUCUCCAUGCGAGGAAGGCGGUGACGACGGCGGACUUUAACAGAUGCAAAUUAAAGACAAUAAAAAACACGCGCGCCCUGCUGCUGUACCGUAAAAUGAAUCCUAUGCUUUUGUGACUUCUCUCAUGAAUGAGCUCCUUCACCCAUCAGUCAACCUGCUGCCACUGUUAACUUGCCAAAAGCAUCUUUCAGCAGCCAGAACUACCCCACAUGAGCUUGAAGAACAUUGUGUAUCGUAAAAAUGUGUCCGUUUGAACAGUAAUUGUUUUUGUUUGUUUGUUUUUUAACGUGUACUGGGAGAUGGAGUGUCCAGAAUUCUGGGAAACAGCCCCUGAGUUCAUGUGAUAUAUCAAGUGUUAAGGGAAAUUAGAUUUGACAAGGAGGCCGGGCGAGAUCUGCAGAGCAGGAAACAUUUCCUCUGGCUCUCAAGAUUUUAAAAUCAACAGAUCUUUGGAAUUUUGAGGCAUGUGGGAGGUGAACACUCACCGGGCCGGGAAACGUCCCCCCUCCUGCUGAUCGAGCUCCGGUCUCACAACAGUCCUGAGUCCUUUUUUAAAACUACACACCUAAAAAGACUUAAGCAUCGGUUGCAGCGUUACUGUGUGCGUGUGUAUGUGUGAGUGUGUGUUUGUGCAUUGCUGUCUCACAACAGUUGGUGAGAGUUCCCUUUCAGUGGCAGAGAGGCCAAAAUGUUGAUGUAUGUUUAUUGUUCUUCACAUUUAAUGAUGAUGAUGAUGAUAAUAAUACACUCCAUUCCAUAAGCGUUCACUCAAACCAAUUAAAGCACUUGUUCUGCUUAA